UAUUUCAGCAUUUGCCAAAGGCGGUUCUAUUUUUCCUUAUUAAAAUGUCAGUGAAAUCGCUUAUUUGCCUUUGCCUUUUUAUAGGCGCGACUACGGCAUUAGUUUGGCCGGAAAUCCCGACCAAAUUGGCCGAAUUUUUCACUUACGGCGUGGAACUAAACGGGCAAAAUCUUUCGUAUAUAGGGCUAUUUACCGCCCCAGAUGCUGGUCAAAAGUCUUUGAUCUGGAAUGUUAAAUUUGCUUGGAACAAAAGUGCAAUUGCCACGAAACUGUUUCCUGAAAAAAACGCGUUUAAUGGUUAUCCGAAUCUAGAGGCGGCCAGAAAAAACAUUGAAUUCGGAUAUCGUGGGCAGAUUUUUGUGCGAUUUGUUAACAUCGUUGAUGAGCUCCCCAAGCUAACUUAUCUUUCCUUUAACGGGAAUACUUUACAUAGUGUGCCGAUCUCUGGGAAUUUGGAAUCAAUCACUGAUCAGUUCGAGAUGAGCACUGACAAAAAUAUUCGGUCAAUAAAAAAUACACAGCCCCGUAUGCUAGCCAAUCUUCCAAUCUUAGUCCGAAACUAUAAAUUAAACGAUUAAUAAUGUCCUUAGAAAUAAAGUGGUGCAUAAUGUUUAUAACAAUAA